AUGGAAGAGUCCAUGAUCAUGGCAUUGCUUGGUGAAGUCAAGGUCAAGCAGAGCCACUACGAGCGCCACCAGGGCUUUCAUCCGGCGGUCUUCCGUCUGCAAGAAUAUAGUCGGUCCUUAUCGCCGGCAGGUAAGCAGCAGCAGACUGCAGGCCAAGGCACCGCCACAUGCGCCGUUAAUCUAAAAGCAAUUAACCCCCAGCGCUAA